AUGGCCUCUGCAGGCAAGACAAAGAAGAACAGCAUCUUGAAUGCGUGGGUGAAGACUGUACGUGGACACGUCUACUGGUGUGCACAGACCAGCAGUGACAAUGGCGCGCUGGUGCUCGCAAAAUGGGUGUCCGUAAUGCGACACGUGAGCAACGUCCAUCAGCACCCCAGCCCCCUGUACCCUGCGUGCACCCAUGGCCCAAUCGAAGAGCGCUGGUGGCUUCAGGAAGGGACCGAGCCAUACGUGGCUCUCGAAAAGAUCGUCAUGUCCAAGCAACUACUCAAGGACAUUCCAAGGGUGUCUGGAGACGGUCAGACCUAUCGCCUAGAGUCGUUCCACAGCAUGCUGCUCCGGUUUACUCCGAAAUCCAGUCACUUCAGUUUUGAGGGCAUGGUGGCACGGACUGCCGUCGCGGUGCUCCACUAA